AUGAGUGUGGACCCUCGGGAAGGAAGGCUCGGCAGGACUGGUGGGUGUGGCCGGGGCGCUGGUAGCCCGCGGGCGCCCCCGGGCGCGGAGAGGGGCGCGCGGCUGCUGGAGCGCCGGGAACCAGCCCGCAGGCACUGUUCUUCUGAUGGACCAUCCGCGGCGGACGCGAGGACAGUGAGCCGGACCACAGAGCUUCCCUUUCACGUAGAGGUAUCCUUGACUCGACAGACCCCAGGUGCUGAGAACACCGUCUCUCUCAGAUCCCCUGAUCAGACUGUUGCCAGUGCCUCCUGCUCCUGCGGCGAGGUAGUCCCGGAUCCUGGCUGGUUUUCUACUUCGGAAAGGGUGCCAGAACUCUCGCACUUCUCAGAAAACCUCAGGGGGCAGAGGAGAAGAACUGAAGCCCAGGGUGGGCCCCUGACCCGCUUUCCCUCAACCACAGGGGAAGAGGCUGCUGGAGGCGACAAGCUCAUCCAUGAUCAGGACCUGGCCUGGCUGCAGCAGGCAGAUGUGGUCGUGGCAGAAGUGACCCAGCCCUCUCUGGGGGUAGGCUAUGAGCUGGGCUGGGCAGUGGCCCUCCACAAACCAGUUCUGUGCCUAUUUCACCCAAAGUCUGGCCGAGUGCUCUCAGCCAUGACUGGGAGCAGCGAUGGCUCCAGGUUCCAGGGGUGUGACUAGCCGGAGGCAGAGGCGAA